GGCCCCAUCGGGCCACGACCACCCGCCCCCCGAGCGGCCUCUUAAAGGGCCCCGCCGCCCCGCGGAGCCCCGCCGUCCGUCCGUCCCUCCCUCCAGUCCGUCCUUCCGAGCGAUGAGGAGGCUCGUCCUCCUGCUGUGCACCGGCGCGACCUGUUGCAUCGCGGCGGGAGGCGCUCCGCGGGUGGCGGAGGCUGCGCUGCUGGAUGGAGAUGCCACCGUCGCCCAGCUGCUGGAGGAUGGACAGACGCGUGCGCCGGCACCGAAGCCACAGGUGAAAUUCAACCUCCGGUCCUCGGCGGACACCGAAGAGGAUGGUUGCACGCUCGCCGUUGGCCAGCGCGAGCGGCUGGAGGACUGCAGGUUCAACGCGACAGCCAAGACCUUCUUCAUCAUUCACGGCUGGACAAUGAGUGGCAUGUUCGAAACUUGGCUGGGCAGCUUGGUAUCUGCUCUUCAAGAGAGGGAGAAGGAUGCCAACGUAGUCGUGGUGGAUUGGCUUUCGCUUGCCCACCAGCUCUAUACCGAUGCCGUCAACAACACGCAGAUCGUUGGAAAAAGCAUAGCGAGGCUGCUUGACUGGUUACAGGAGAACCCGCUUUUCCAACUCGAGAACGUCCACCUGAUCGGGUACAGCCUGGGUGCCCACGUCGCUGGCUUUGCUGGUAACCACGUCCAUGGGACCAUAGGCAGGAUUACGGGCUUGGAUCCGGCUGGCCCUAUGUUUGAAGGAGUGGACCCUAGCAAGCGCCUCUCCCCCGAUGAUGCUAACUUUGUGGAUGUCCUACACACCUACACAAGGGAAACUCUAGGUGUUAGCAUUGGGAUCCAGAUGCCUGUAGGCCAUGUUGACAUCUACCCCAACGGCGGAGACUUCCAGCCUGGCUGUGGAUUAAGUGACGUCUUGGGAGCAAUCGCCUAUGGGACAAUUGGUGAAGUUGUUAAAUGUGAACACGAGCGGUCGGUGCACCUCUUUGUGGACUCCCUUGUGAACCAAGAUAAACAAAGCUUCGCAUUUCAAUGUACCGAUUCCAGUCGCUUCAAGAAGGGCAUCUGCCUGAGCUGCCGGAAGAACCGCUGCAAUGGCAUUGGAUACAAUGCCAGAAAAACACGGAACAAAAGAAACAGCAAGAUGUACUUAAAAACAAGAGCUGACAUGCCAUUCAAAGUCUACCAUUAUCAGAUGAAAAUGCACGUCUUCAGCUACAAAACCUUGGGAGAGGCUGAUCCCACUUUCUCCGUCACCCUUCACGGCACCAAUGGAGACUCUGAAGCUCUCCCUUUAGAAAUGCUUGAUGAAAUUGGCCUAAAUGCUACUAACACUUUCCUGGUCUAUACUGAAGAGGACAUAGGCGAACUUUUAAAAAUACAGCUCACCUGGCAGGGAACAUCUCAGUCAUGGUAUGAUCUGUGGAAAGAGCUGAAGAGCUACUGGUAUCGGCCUGUGAAGUCUUCCCAGGAACUGCAUAUCAGACGUAUACGUGUGAAAUCCGGGGAAACACAACAGAGGUUUGCAUUCUGUGUGGAGGAUUCCCAGCUGACCAGUAUAUCUCCUGGUAAAGAGCUCUGGUUUGUGAAGUGCUCAGGGGAAUGGCAAAAAAGAUCUGUCUCGAAUUUGCUCUGAAAACUUCUCUGAAGACUCACAGCUGAGCAACCUACGUGCAUGAAGACUACGCAGGUGGAAAAAUGCUCUGGCAAAAAUCUGGCUUGGUAGCUCUUAAAGCAACUAGCUCUUCAGGACAAGACACCUUGGAUCAGAGGCAAGAAACUGAGGAGCAAUCGAUGGACUGUGGUCCUAGAAUUAGGAUAACUAAAACCACGUUCUCCCUUCCCCAAAGAUCCUGGUUUGUGCAUUUAGCCUUACCUUGACCUGUUACACGCUGCAUUUCCUGCCUGCUCCCGCUACCCAGGGCUACAGAUGAGAUCUUCACAGAUGUAGACCUCAGCAAUGAUCUUCUGGUCUGCCUGCCAGUGGAGUUGAGAAGACAACCAUGCUAACUGCCCAUCGGGCUGUUGGCGACAGAGCUGCCAAGAACAAAUUAGUGUCUAGCGAGUUACCGUGGGUCCGAUAGCACUGUGGGCUGUUGAAGAUGAGACCAGCACAGGUCAAGUGUGAAGGGUUGCUCAGGGGAGGGGUGGGCAUAAGCAAAAUGACACUUAACUUCUUAAGUUGUCCUUUGCUUGCCUUAAAUAAUCUGUUCUGCGUCUGGCUGAUACUGAAAACUCAAUUUAUUACCUUAGAAGAAGGUAGUACUCAGUUCUCCGCGUACCUAGGGCAAAGCACGGUGCAGGUGGCAGGUGAUGGUGUUGGCAGCUGCUCCUUGCUCCCCAGUCAGCGUCGGCAGCAAGACUGUCCGCUCCCAUGUCCUGCUCUGUAAGAGGCAAAUGGCAGCUGCCCGUCUACUGAUUGUAGAUGAAGACGACGAUGAACCGUACCGCUUCAGGAGAGCUUUGCACCAGUCCUCUUAACUGAGAGUGUGUUCGCCUCUGUUCAGGUGCUGUUGUAGUACCAGUACAUAAAUACUCUGCAUAAAAAUAAGGUCUUAGUUAACUGAGCCAAACAGAUGACAUCCUACCCUCAUUGCCACAACGUCCUGGUUGGACCCUUGGGUGCCAGAUGGGCUUUGCUCCGAGUCUGAUGCUCCCUACAGCUGUCCUGGUUGGUACAGCAGAGUGGACAUUGUCAGAGGUGAACCAGAUUGGGUUUUUUAUUUUUGGAAAGAGACUUUGUGUAAGGUUGUUCAGCCUGGGGAAGGGAAGGCUGCGGGGAGACCUUAUUGUAGCCUUCCAAUAUUUAAAGGGGGACUAUAGGAGGGAUGGGGGCAACCUUUUUAGCAGGGCCUGUUGUGACAGGACAAGGGGUGAUGGUUUUAAGCUAAGGAGGGGAGAUUUAGGCUGGAUAUAAAGAAGAAAGUUUUUUUUACUCUGAGGGUGGUGAAACACUGAAAAAAAGUUGCCCAGAGAGGUUGUGGAGACUCCAUCCCUAGAACCAUUCCAGGCCAGGCUGGACAGGGCUCUGAGCGACCUGAUCGAGUUGAAGAUGUCCCUGCUCACUGCAGGGGGUUGGACUAGAUGGCCUCUGAAGGUCCCUUCCAACCCAAACCAUUCUAUGAGAACCCUUGAACACUUCUGGCAUGCAGAAAGGCAGUCUCAAAAAAUGGUGUUGCCAGGGGGUGCAAGCCCUUCCGAGGCUUGCAAUUCUCUGUGUUCUCAGAGAGCUUCAAUCCAACCAAAGCAAGCCCAUUUGGAGACCUUUUUCCCUCCCCCCCCCCAUGGUUUUAUGCAAAGGUUUCAAUCACCAAAACUUUCAGUAAUUAUCUGACUUGCCACCGUGCCAUACUUAGACUGGUUUCAAAGCCCUAUUUGUAUAUUAUGUUUUUGUAUGACUCAAAAUAUAAUUUAUUUCAUAUACUGUACAUAUGUAAAGUUGUAAACAUUUGACUUAAGUAACGGUUUUUAUAAGCCUUAAGACAAAAAAUAAAGUGCUCUGAAAAUCA